ACUGAUCUUUCGCCUCUUCGUCUGAGCAGCUAGCUAUCUUGUUGAGACCCCUCUUUAGUUCACCUAAGAGAGAGAGAGAGUUCACGGUAUAUAAACAAUGUAGGAGAAGCGUGUGAUUAUAUGGAGAAUGAUUAUUUGUACCAGGCAGGGUGUGCUCUGACACAGGAAUAUCCAUUGUAAUUCUCGAUAUGUGAUAUAGGGUAAAUACCAUGAGCCUUCCAGGUGUAUAUACAUUCAUAUAGGGUACAUGGCUGUGGUAAGCAUGAAGGCCUCCCUCCAACCUCUUACCCAGAAAACCCAGAAAACUACCGUGACAAAAAUUAUGGAAAGCACAAAUUUAAAAUGUGCGGGUGUUGAAGUUCUAAUGACAAGUGCAAGCGGCACACGCAACACAAAACGUAUACACAGCGGAUCAAAGAGUGUUUACUACUAGAGAGAGCAUGUGGUACAGGUGUAGGAUAUAGAAUGAUGUAGCUAGAAUUGGUCCAUUUCUUCUUCAAAGAGUUCUGCAUGUCUUGAAUUGAUAUAAUCCUCUGCUAUUCACUUCAGUCUUUACAGUUGGCAGUCUUGUCUCUUGUUUACAACUUGACUCCUCUUCACUCCUGAUGGUAUAAUUGAAAGUUGUGGCUGCACAAGCCCCUCCCCUUUGUUUGCUCAGAGAGACUCGACUGUGUUUACAAGAUGAGCUCAGCUAGCUGGAUAGUGGCAGCACUCCUGCUGAUAUUGACCACAGUUCAAGGAAAUGAGGACCGCCCUAACAUACUCUUCCUGAUGGCAGACCAGAUGAGAGCUGACGCGUUGGGCUGUUCUGGAAACAAGCUAGCACAGACCCCUAACUUGGACCGACUUGCAGCUGAUGGUGUCCGCUACACCAAUGCGUACAGCUCCACUCCUAUAUGUACCCCAGCCAGGGCAGCAAUUCUAACCGGACUCUCCCCUUGGUAUCAUGGCAUGUUGGGCUAUGGCAACGUGGCCACGAAGUAUGAAUUUGAGAUGCCGAGAGCUUUGUCCGAUGCUGGAUACUAUACUUGUUCUAUUGGCAAGGAUCACUUUGGUUGGAACAGUACUACAAACAGUGGUAUUGAACACGGCUACCACGAGACAGAUCUGUACGAUGGCCUCCCACAAGAACUGGACGAUUAUGACGAGUGGUUUGCUAAGACCUACCCUGAAGUUAACCCCAUGGCCACUGGAUUACAGUAUAACGACUAUAGAGCUGCAGUGUACGGGCUGCCAGAGUCCCUCCACCCCACGGCAUGGGUUGGGAGGGGAGCUACAAGCUUCAUUGAGACUUACAAUAACUCACAACCUUUCUUCUUGAAGGCGUCCUUCCACCGACCCCACAGUCCCUACGAUCCACCAAAGAGAUGGAUGGAACAGUUUAAACCAGAUGAUAUGCCCCCUCCGUUUAUUAGCAAUGCGUGGGAUAAGGAGUACGCUCUACACUACGACACACCACCCCCUAGCAUGUGGGCAGGGAAUAUUAGCACUGAAAGUGUGCGAUUAUCCAGACAAGCUUACUAUGCCAGUACUGGUUUUGUGGACGAGUGGAUUGGAGAAAUAUUACAAACUCUCGACAGAAAAGGACUUAGAAAUAAUACAUUUAUAUUCUUCACAUCUGACCAUGGUGACAUGAUGGGCGACCAUUUCCUGUGGCGUAAAGGCUAUCCAUACUUUGGUUCAGCCCGUGUACCGAUGUUGCUGAGUUGGCCUCCCUCUAUGGACAGCAGUGUGAGUGUGCAGCGUGGCACCUCUCUGGAUGUAGUCACUGAAAUGAGGGACAUAUUGCCAACUUUCCUAGACGUUGCUGGAAUCAAUAUACCAGAUACAGUUAAUGGGAGCUCACUUCUUCAAACACUAAAGAAAUCCCCGACUCUGAAAUGGCGCGAGUAUAUUGACCUAGAGAUGUCCAUAACGUACAGCCUUAUCAUUCAUUGGAAUGCUCUCACUGAUGGGAAGAUGAAGUAUGUAUUCAGAGCCUUCUACCCUGACGAACAGCUGUUUGAUAUGACCCAGGAUGACAAGGAGCUGGUCAAUGUUGCUGGGCAAUCUAAGUACAACAGUGCCUUACUCGAGUGGCGGGCUAGAAUGGUCAGUCAGUUUGAGAAUGAGGGACGAGGUGAUGGCUGGGUCAAGGAUGGAGUGCUACAGAGGAGGGUGGGCAACACUCUAUAUUCCCCUCAUUACCCUGGAAACAAGCAAAUGCUCCCUCAAGAUUACCCUUGCAAUUGAGUACCUCCAUAAUUAUACAUCGAAUCCGUUAUCAUUAUAUAUAUACAUGUUUAUAAUUAUUAUACAUUGUAUAUUUGUACAUGAUUGAACAAUGAUAAUUAUUAUUGUCAGUAAAUUUGUUUUUCAA